AUGAUUCGGUACUCGCCAAACUCGUUGGUCUCGCUGGUGAAAGCUUCUCGUAGCAGCAGUACUAGCGGCUCGUACGGACAUCUGUCGGAUAGUGCGCUGGGACCGGCGCUUUUUGCCGGGUCUACCCGGACAUCAUCUGCCUACAGCCAGCAUGUUCCCGCUUCACCAUCCGCCUCAGCUGGGACAUUUUUUGGCCAAGUCGCAGUGACACGACAAGAGGCGGACAGCACAAGCAAUGCUCUGCAGAAGACAUCCCGCGUUAUACGUGAACCAGCCCCGCACGUCCUAAUGCACAAGACAAGUCCUUCGAACGGGUCGGCCAUGUUUGAAGUUUGCUGCAAAGCAUACUCCCAGCUUAAGAACCUCAAAACCCAUCUGCGAUCACACACCGGCGAAAAGCCGUACACCGGCGAGUAUCCGGGUUGUAGCAAGGCGUUCAACAACGUGUCCGAUCAUGCAAAACACCAGAACCGCACCUAA